GUAUAUAACUAAAAUCUCAUCAUUUUGAAACUGCUCCACUCCCUUAUUUAAUGAACUUGAGGCCGUUUGUUGACCAUUCAGAGAAAAUGCCCUCUUCCUCUUAGCCGUUGCCCUCUUCCAUAACAUUGGGACCAUAUAGUCAUUAAGUGAUGGUGAUGUCUACGAAAAGUCUUGGAACUUGAAACUUACUUCACUCCCUUUAUUUAAGUAAAUGGACUUGAGACAACUUGUGAUCAUCAAACAAAAAAAAUGGCCUCUUCCUAUUUGACUCCGGUGGUGAAAGACGGAGAGUGUAGAAACUGGUCGGAGCUACCAUUUGAAUUAAUGUCGUCGAUCCUGUGCAGGCUCGAUUUGAUUGGAGUAUUUGAAAACGCUCAGAAAGUGUGUACUUCAUGGCGUCGCGUCUGUAAAGACCCUGCCAUGUGGCGUAAGAUUGACAUGUAUAACCUAGGCCUAGACUUGGGGUACAACCCCGAGAUCAUAUGCCGUCACGCAGUCGAUCGCAGCCAGGGAGGUUUGGUUGAGAUUAACAUAUGGCAUUUCGGUACUGAUUCUCUCCUCAACUACAUCGCUGAUAGCUCAAGAAACCUGAGAAGUCUUAAAUUUGCAUUAAUCUCUCCCAUAACAACUGAGGGACUUACAGAAGCACUUGUGAAGCUUCCAUUGCUUGAAGAACUCGAGCUCUUUUACAACAGAUUGUUGGAAGAUUCUCUUAAAGCUGUAGGCCAGUCUUGUCCUAAUCUGAAGACAUUGAAGUUAAACUGCUUAGGAAUCGCGCCUCCUUGGCACGUGAGUGAUGAUGAUGCCCUAGCCAUUGCUGAAACAAUGCAUGGGCUUCGCUUCCUCCAACUUUUUGCAAAUGGUUUAACCGACGUCGGUUUAAAAGCCAUUCUUGAUAAUUGUCCUGAUCUGGAACAUCUUGAUCUACGUCAUUGUUUCAAUGUUCACUUUUCUGGAGAUUUGAAGAAGCGGUGUUACGAGAGGAUCAAAGUUUUGAGACCACCUAAUGACUCGACUGAUGAUUACCCAUAUAUUGCGAAUGAUACAUCUGACGAUGAGGACCCUUUCGUGCCAGAUGCUAAUUCGGACGGUAACUUCCCAAUUGACUACUCUGGCGACGAUCUGUAUGAUAUUUUUAUGAGGUGCUUUAAUUAUCUAUAGGUUUUUCUGAGGACUUUAUUGUCUAUGUCAUGCAUCUUUUAUU